GUCACCGAUCCCCAGACUCUCCGUUCAUACACUAAUUUAUGUUUUAAAAUAAGUUACGUCCGUUGAAUUUGGUGUAAAGAAAUAGUAUAAUCCGGCUGUAAAAGAGAAUACUCGUUUACUUUUUGGUUUUUCCGGAUGAUCUUUAAGUCUUUGAUCCGAGCUCCACUCCGUUUCUCCUAUGGAAUUUUGUUUCUUUGAGUCUUUAUUCAUUUCUUUGAGAAAGCUCUGAGCUUUCAACUUGAUAUCGUCCAUCGGAAGCAUAAUCCAGCUUAGUAAGACAGGAAGAGUGAACGUUGACUGAAGUGUGUCAGCUGGGAUGCCAACCUUCAUUUCUCAGACCACACCAGCUUCCAAUCCUAUUGAGGUUAAUUGAUGCUUAGGGCUCGUUUGGUAAAGUUUAUCUUGCUGAAAUGGCUGAGUCUUAUUUAAGGAAAAGUUUCGGUAACACAUCUAUUUGAGCCAAAUAAGGCUACAGAGGGAAACACGUCUACAACACAUAAUUCUCAAGAAGUGAUGAAUUUUGGGAUGCUUGAGCAAUAUCUUGGAUUUCGUAUGGCAGAUGGUGCUAAUGUCAGUCAAAGCCCCCUUUUAAAUUCUAUGCCUGCAAGUAUCCCAUCACUCGUGCCCGGUGGGUCCGGGAUGCUCAACAAUAAGGCUAAUGCCUUUUCAAGUACAAGUAUGCCAGCAAAGCCUGAAGGACCUAUGGGAUUGCGGAGAAACCAAGGUGUAUCUGAUAAUUGGGCAGACUCCAAAAUGGCGGAUUCGAGCUCCCACACUGAUACUUCAACUGAAAUGGAUGGAGAAGAUAAAAAUCAACGCCAUGAAACAGGUAGUCAAUACACUGGUGUUGCAGCUUCUGAUUCCAGUGGUAAAUCAAAGGAAAAGAAUUUGGAUCAAAAGACGCUAAGAAGACUUGCGCAGAACCGUGAAGCUGCAAGAAAAAGCAGACUGAGAAAGAAAGCAUAUGUUCAACAGCUAGAGAAUAGCAGACUGAAGCUAACACAAUUAGAACAAGAACUCAAGCAAGCACGGCAACAGGGAGUAUUUGUUUCAAGCAUGGGAGAUCAGUCCCAUGGAGUAGGAAGUAAUGGAGCUAUGGCAUUUGAUGCAGAAUAUGGACGAUGGUGGGAAGAACAAAACAAGAGAAUUAGUGAAUUAAGGUCCGCUGCCAAUUCCCACGUAAGUGAUGUUGAGCUGCGAGUCAUUGUGGACAGUGUCAAAUCACACUUUGAUGAAGUGUUCAAGCUGAAAGGAAAUGCUGCAAAAUUGGACGUGUUCCAUAUAUUGUCUGGAAUGUGGAAAUCCCCUGCUGAGCGGUGUUUUCUCUGGAUCGGUGGCUUUCGUCCAUCUGAACUUCUUAAGCUUCUCAUGAAUCAAUUGGAGCCUUUGACAGAGCAACAGAUGGCAGGCAUAUGCAAACUGCAACAGUCAUCACAUCAGGCAGAAGAUGCUAUUUCACAAGGAAUGGAGGCAUUGCAACAGUCUCUCGCUGAAACGUUAGCACAAGGCACUUCUGGCCCAGACAGGCAUUCCGGAAAUGUAGCUAAUUACAUGGGUCAAAUGGCUAUGGCCAUGGGAAAACUAGGCACCCUUGAAGGUUUCCUUCGCCAGGCGGACAAGUUGAGGCAACAGACGCUGCAACAAAUGCACCAUGUAUUGACGACAAGGCAAUCAGCUCGUGCCCUUCUGGUCAUAAAUGAAUAUUUCGCACGUCUUCGAGCUCUAAGUUCUCUUUGGCUGGCAAGGCCACAAGAAUAAUAGUUAGGUCCCCAACUUAAUGUGCUGAUUACCGAAGAUCAUAAUCAACAUACUGCAGCAAAACUGCUACUAAAUGGCAACAGUCUUUGUACUUUUCCAUGAGAAUGAAAUGGUGUAUCUUUUGUCAUCUCUGUCCAGAUAGAAAGCUAAAGAUGAUUUGUAUCAUAGGUUUGUACAAGAGACUCAACGAUUGUAAGAAUAGAGUAUAAUGAUUUGAAGCUAUUGCAGAUGUAAUAAAAGCACUGGGGGCGGGGCG